ACGUCAAUACGUUGAAUAAUUUUAUUGAUAAGUAAAACAAUAGAUGCUUAAGAAUUAACAACAUUACUGCACAAUAACUUUGUUUAAUUUUUAAAUAAUUCAAAUCGUAGCGAUUAGUGUUUUUUGUGUAUCAAAUAACGUUAUUAUGAGUGUGUGUGAGUUUUAUUAUUUAUUAAUACGUAGAAUUUCAACUGAUGCCUGAAAGUGAUAUUAUUACACCAUAAUUUUAAAAGGAUUUGAAUAUCAUGAUUCCACAUAUUAAUGAACACCAAAACGAAUGGGAUGACACGGAACUAAAAUAUCAGUAUCAACAAGUGAGAAAAAUUAAAUGGUACCAUAGUAUUUUACUGAACAGACCACUAAAAGUUGCUGUGGUGUUUUUACUUGUAGCUGUAGUGGCACCCGUAAUACUAUAUCGCUAUUUAUUUUUCACAAGCUUAAGUCUCCCACCAUCAGAUGGAUACUCUGUUGGUUCCUGUGUAAUUGCGAGAGAGGCAAGACUACCUUGUGGUGUAGGAUUUAUGCCAGAAUCACAAUGCCACACUCAUUGUUGUUUCGACCGUAAUACACACCUGUGCUACCAUCGAAUACCAUCAAGAUUUUCCUAUAUAAUGGACCAGCCAUGGACAGAAUACAUUACCCUACAACCUAGGAUAUCAACAGUACCAUUUGCAUUCCAGAACAGUUUACCAGAAAUUAAGCUAUCCAUAAAUGAACAAUCAACUACGCACAUGGUUUUAACUUUCUACAAUUCUAGAAAUUUUUCUAUGGUCGGAAACAGAACGUAUAACAAAGAUUAUUCGUAUGAAGUAUCGUCACCAGAACUAAAUGUAAUAGUGAAUGCGACGCAAGGAACCAUUUUUAAUAUGGCAAGAGGACCUCUAAUAGCCUCUAAUAACAUUUGGGAGAUAGUAUUUAAAUUAACAAACGAAUCUAUGUACGGAUUGGGAGAGAUACCUUUGAAAACAAAUAGCACAAAAGUUAUAUACAACCACGACAAUGGUUUUAGUUCAAUUCCAUUAAUUUAUGCUAAAAUAAAUGAUAAUUUUCAUGGCUUAUUAAUUGACGUGAGCGAUCCUACAGAAAUAACUAUAAGAACUGACAAUCAAAUUGUUGUACGAAGUAUUACAAGUUUUGGUUUUAAAUUUCAUUUGUUUACUGGACCGGAACCGAAGAAAAUUAUGCAGGAUGUCAUGAAAAUUAUAGGAUAUAACAAACAAUUGGAAUAUUGGAUGUUAGGUAUUCAUGUAUGCAAUGAACUUCCUGACAUGGAUCUGUCUAGUUUCAUCUCUAACGCCACAAGAGAAAGAAUGCCAUACGACAGUCACUGUGGUCAUGAACCAAUAAUCUUCAAUAGCAAUCAGUGUCAAAAUAGUGAGAGAAGUAACAUUGAUCGUGUGAAUGCUGGCGCCACUUUGGUUAGAAAUGCUAAAAAGAAAUUUGUACCUCACGUGUCACCACAUAUUCGAUAUAUUAAGGAAGAAACUAAUGAAACAACGCCAGAAGAAAUGGAAGAUCCUAAAAAAGAAGGAGAAAUAAUAGAAAGCUGUAGAAUUAUACCUACAUUUAAAGAUAUCAUGUAUCGUUCGCAAAGAAAUUUUGAGUUAUACAAAGGCAUUGUCAAUGAUUACGAUGUGGUGUACCCAAGCUACGAUCUGAAUUCAGAAGAAUUUAUGGAUAUUCUAUGGGCCUAUAAUACUGAAUUAGAUGGAGUGGUUUUGGAAAAUAAUUGGCCUUUAGAUAUAUCAAACAAGACUUAUGAUGACAUCGAUUUAUAUUUACCAUAUUUUAAUGAGAAUUUUGAAGAAGUUUUUGAACACACGCCACAGUGGAACUUAUCGCUUGUAAAUAGCAGCGAAUUAUACUUAUUCAAACAUAACAAAUUUGGCAACAAUUUCGCCAGCGCUUUUAGUAAAAAAAUGAAUAAUACACCUAUUUCCUCGAGUAGUUUAUGGAUAAACGGCCGCUUUGCAAUAAAUAGACAAAACAUUGAUGCCUCAUGGACCAAUCUCCAUAGAGAGCUAAUUGCAGCUGCUAUUGGAGGGAUAUCUGGUUCGUGGCUUUGGUCAUCUCCGAUCUGCGGUGAUACUGAAAAUUAUAGUCCAGACACUCAGACAAGUCUCUGCAUCAAAUGGUACUUGGCAGCGACUUAUUUUCCACUAAUAAAAAUUCAUUCAAGAGAUAUUCCAAGAUACCCUUUUGCCUUUAACGGUACUCACAAAACCAUUAUUACUCAGGCAUUAAAUCGGAGAUUAGGUUUAUUACCUUAUUUCUACACCACACUUCAAGAAGGGCCCCUACUUCGACCAAUGUUCUAUCAAUUUCCGUCAUCAGCAGCGCUUCAUGAUAUCAAUUCACAAUUUAGCGUCGGAGAAAGCUUGCUGAUUGCCCCCAAUUUGCAACCAAUGCAAAGUCAUGUUCAUAUAUGGUUACCCCCCGGUACGUGGUAUGAACUUUGGGGUGGCCUUAAAUUAAAAGGCAAUGAAGGAGACCCUGUGACUAUGACAACGACUGAAGCGGAUUUUUUGACUUUUAUCAGAGGUGGAUCAAUAUUAAUUUUACAAAGGGACGCUCAAUUAACUGCGGAGGAGACGCGACUUUUUAUUCCGUUCUCAGCAAUAAUUGCUUUGGAAUGUAUAAAAACUAAUGAAACUGAAAAUUGUCAUGCAUCUGGAAAGCUUUAUGUUACGCCCGAUUUGACAUUAUUCUUUGACGCAAACGAAAAAAAUAUGACAAUAACAGCAAAAGGUAAUGACUUCGAUCCCAUUUGUGAUAUCAACACUGGAACGUGGGCAUAUGAUUUAGAAUAUUUUAGUGUCUAUGGUUUGGCUGAUGAGUAUAAUAAUUAUGAUAACCAUAGAGAAUUCAAAGAAUUUACCGAUUUGUGUCAUUUAGAAACUAGCGAAAUUGUCAUAAAUUUGAUAUCUUAAUCUAUUAAACAUUUUAUUUUAUAACGUGUGUACACUAAUAUAGUAUUGUAGUUUUUUUUAUAUUAAAUAUACAACAAUA